AUGAGGUCAAGAUAUAAAAGUCCUUUGGGAACUGGAAUUCUCGAAAUUGAUGACAGCGCCACGAUUCAGAUGGUUUUUGAGGCACUUCAGGCAAAGACACGAAUCGAAAACUUUGCCAUCAAGUACGGCCCUCCCACCAAUAUGCAGUCCAUCAACUUAGAACAUGGAGGGCUUAUAGCCAAAGACUUGGGGCUCCAUGGCGAAACUCUUACAAUCGUUCCCAUCGAGCUCAAGGCAGAUUUGGCAACCUCGGGCCAUGCUCCGUCUUUCCGGUCACGAGAAACGAGCUGGAACACCCCCGCUGCCAAUACAAGCUCCGGUGAUGUAAUAGUACCAUGGCCAGAAAGAGAAGGCAGCCUAUUGCUUCGUGUCAUGCCAAGUGACAAUAGCUGUCUCUUUACCGCAUUUGGUGGCGCUCUCCUGAAACAGAUGUCUGCAGCAAAACUCCGUCAGAUGAUGGCUGAGUAUAUUACGGAGCAUCCUGAUGUCUAUAAUGAAGCAAUUCUGGGCUGUUCGCCCGUGGACUAUUGCCGUGGCAUCAAGGACCCUGAUCGGUGGGGAGGGGGGAUCGAACUCAGUAUAUUAUCUACCAUCUUUGAUAUUCAGAUAUGUACUUUCGAUGUUCAGGGACAGCAUCUCAUGACCUUCGGCGAGCGAAAGCAAGAACGAUGCAUUUUGGUGUAUUCUGGUAUUCAUUAUGACCGCGUCGUAUUCAGCUACUCUGAUUUCCCUCACAAUGUAGCUCCUUUGCCGCCAGAGAUGGAUAGGUCGAUCUGGCUCACAGAUGAUUCUGAGGUGCUGGUAAAGGCCAAGAUGCUAGUCGAGGAACUAAAUGCAAAUCACUACUACACGGACACUGAUGGACUGGUCUUGAAGUGCAACGAGGACGGCUGUGAAUGGAUUGGUAAUGGACAACUAGCAGCCAGGAAACAUGCUGAGGCUACAGGACAUACCCAAUUGACAGAAAUUGCGGAUCCGGAAGAAGACAGUAUUUUGCGCAGGUGCUUGAGGGAAGGGUGUACCUUUCUAGGCCAGGGAGCCUCAGUCGAGCGACAUAGAACCGACACUGGCCAUAAUGACUUCGAUGUCAUUCCCGACAUGUAA